CGCCUCGUAGAGGCGGGCCUCCCAAGUUGGAGCGAGUUCAGUUCGGAUCGGUUUCUUUUAGCCGCGGAGCUGCAACUUUGGUGCCGCUUGUUUUGCGGGGCUUCUCUGGCGGAGCGAGGGGAGGGCUCAGCUGGCGCCUCCACGCUCUGCGGGAAACCGACGUGAACGAGAGAGAGCCGGAGUGGGCAGAGGAUACCAAUCGCACUUUGCGGCGGCUUAGGCGAGAAGAGCGUGUGGGAGUCUCGAAAAGUUCGUUCCAGAACCUGGACCGAGGCAGCUGCUGGCGGCGGCACCAUGCGGAAACUCCUCCUCUUUGUCUCUCUGUCGCUGGUGCUCCUCGCGACCCAUUGCAGAGGACAAGAUUUUGACUUGUCAGAUGCACUUCCAUCUCACCCAACGUCGAAGCCUUCCGUGCCUAGUAAAAAGCCACCAAGUGAUGGUGGUUUUGAUUUAGGAGAUGCCAUCGAUGAUCAAGACUCCAAUCCAGCACCGCCACCACCUCCUCCUCAACCAAAACCCGGAAGCCAUGGCAAUUCUGGGGAAUUAAGUGAUUUGGAUUUAGUCGGUGGUAAAUUGCCUCCAGAAGAACCACCAGCAGGCCGUGCUUCUAACCCUUCUCCAGGAGGAGGGAAUGGAGGCUCCACUGAAAAUACAGAAGGUUCUCAAGGAAUGCUAGCUGGCAUUAUUAGCUCAGUCGUUGUGGCUGUAGUUGGGGCUGCAUCAAGCUUUAUAGCAUAUCAGAAGAAAAAGCUUUGCUUCAAAGCUAGUGAUCAAGAGAAUGUUAAUAUGGAAAGCCAACAGGGAGCCCAUGCAGAGCCACCUGUUCAACGUACACUUCUGCAGAAACAGUAAUAAACUUUAAGAUGAAGAGAAGACCAGAAACUGGAUAGAGAACCUACAUAUUUCCCUGAAUAACAACACAUUUCAAGCAGAAAAAAUGAAUUGUGAAGUAAAGUUAGAAUAGUCCUGUUGAAGCAUAUUUUGAAAGGAAGAAGAAAGCUUCAGCAAAUCCCAGUACCUGUACUUGUGGUUUACCUUCAGAACCUUGAACAUUGUGCUUUUGCUGAUUAUUUGCUUUAAAACAUAUUGUUGUUGAAAUUGUUACUUUUGUCUGAAGUUUCAACUUUUGUUUUGUGGCGAUAGCCUUAAAUUGAGGGGAGAUGUUAGUGCCUGCUAGCAAACUGCCUUUGGGCAGGCUAUGUACCAGGGGAGACAUGGACCACAGGGAGGUGUGGUGCAUUUUUGCACAGAGACACACAUCACAUCCUCUUUCCAGGGCCUUGUCAGUAAGGCUCAGGCCACUCAGUUGUGAGGGAUGGUGUGUAUAUUUGCCCUCACCACUUCAUUGCCCUGAAGUGCAGCAUUUUCAUUUCUUCACAGAGGAGUGUGUGGCAACCAGCCACAGAUAUGGGAGAGAAGUUAAGUCUUGCAUUCAUUGGCAUAGGAGGUUAACCACAUCCCUGGUGAGCUGAUCAAUUGUGUUUCCUUCUCCAUAGCUGCAUCCUGGGUUCUGUUUGGGGGUUAUGUCUAGAACAUUGUGGAUAUUUGCCUUCCAAGAAGUAAUUCAAGUCUAAUAGCCUUUUUGAUUUUGAAGCCACUUUUAACAUUCUAUCUUACCUUUCUGUAAAGUACAUAGGAAACGAAGGUACAAGAUACGUUGCCUUAAUAUUUCUCACUUGAAGCUGACUCUCUAAGAAGUCUUUUCUAGUACAUGUUGCACUUAAGGUCAUAUGAAUCAAAAUAUAUCUUUAUUAUUUUGAAUUAAAAUAUAGGCAUGGCAAUUGAAAUACAGUCUCUUCUAUUUCCUCUGCUUCUGGCAGUGGGGCCCUCUAUAUACCUUUGCGCAAACUGGCCUACAAAUAUCCAGCUACUAAUUCUAGGUCUGCAUUGUAUUAUACUAGAAAACCAAACUAAGUUUAGCUAAUGCAGUUACCUGUUAAAAUUGUGUGAUGGCCUAUGCUUCAGACUAUAAUGUUUGGCUCUUUGUUAUUCACAAGGGCUCUGCCGGCUCUUUGUUUUUUCUGCCCCCCAGACUUAACAUUCUUGUGAGUACUUAGUUAAAACUUUUCAGCAAAUAGAUAAUAUGCUUCUGAUAACAAGGGUUGUUUGUCCAAUGCAUGUGCCUUAAGCAUUAUACCUUGAAGUGCCAUUAAAGGAACCUGUAAUAAGUAAUUGAUCCAAACAAUGUGAAAUCAAUUUUCAUGGGGAAAAAGGCCUUGAGGGCCAUCGGGAACAGUCAAAUGCAAUAUUUCCAUUUGAUGGAACAAAUCUUAAAGAAUUCCUGCGUCUAUUCUUUGAGUUUUAAGAUGGUGACCUUAUUGUAAGACCAUCCUGAGACCAUUUGCUAGUGGACAGCAUAUAAAAGUUUUAAAUAAAUAAAUAAAACUUGUAGAAGCUGACAACAAAAAUGAAACUACAUCAUGAAAGGUUCAACCCAGAGUGUUACUUUUUGGUAAUUCAUAUAAUAUUUAGCUAAGCAUCAUGCCAAUGUAAAACCAUUUCUUUAUCACACAGAAUUAUUUCUGUAUGACUGGCCUUCUGGAGCGAAACAACAUUCAGUGGCAAACUAGAUGAAAGUUAGCUGUAUAAGCGAUGUGUGGAUCCUUGACUCUGUUCAUCUUAGAGUGCAUAUGAGAAACAAAAUGGAAGACAUAUUUUCUGCACCAAAUAUGUGUCUUAAAAAUUAGGAUACAGUUCUGAUACCACAGUUGGCAGUAUUCCUCACUCAUGCUGGAAUGCUUAGUCAUAUGAUGUUUUUUCUCUCUACAAGCAUGCAUAAUGUUGCGCCCCUAAUAAAAACAUCAUGUUUUGACAUAGGAGACUGCAACUUGCUUGUACUAAGUGGUAAUACUUUUUAUAUGAUACUCAUUUUGCAAAUCAGGAGCAAUGCUGAACUUAAAUAUUGGAAUGUUCUGAUUUCUGAAGAUGUUCCCAUGUCAUUCCUGAAAAAAAUAGUUUUAUCCCCAAACACUCAUUCACUUUGUUGCAAAAAGCAAGAAGAAAUCAUAUUCUGAAUUUCUGCCCAAUAGUUUGUUCCUGUGUGUAUUUCACUUGGAAGAAGGUUCCCAAAAGUUCAAUAUACCUUACUUUCAAAUAAAUGCAUAUAGGAUUGCCUGAAUUCUUUUGUGAAUGCUUUGAAAUAAACUUCACUGAAUUCAGUGGGGCUUACUUCUGCAUAAAAAUGAACAGUCAGGCAUUUAACCUCUAUUAUAAGAAAUAUUGUCAUAGUUUAUUGUAAUAAUGCUUCAUGUAUAUUAUGUGGUAAAGCAAUAUAAAAUAUAUAGAUAGAUAUUUGGGUGUGUUUAGUUCUCAACUAAAGUUAUGGCUCCUUAGAUUGGAGAAACCCUAUGAAUCUGGCAUUUAAGAUCUAACUGUGAUUUUCUAAUAAACAAAUCAAAAACCA